AUGGCAUCCAAGAAUGACACUACCGGGAUGUCGAUGUUGGCCUACGUGGCAUGUAUGUCGGAGGCCGAGAGGAUGCAAUUCGCCGCGAAGCAAGUUCAGCCGCAGCCUCCUCCGAUUGCUGCGGCGCCACCGCCAAAGCCCCCCGCAGUGCACCAAAUGCCAUACACGAUCCGAGCACUCUUCGAGCCACCGGGCGUACUCAUUGAGUCCUGGCGCAUCUCUCUCAGCGAGCAGCCACCUGGCUACGAAGUUGCGGCAUUCCCCAUCACCCAUGAUAUGCCCUUCUACACAGGCUCCUUAAUCGUCACACAACAAGUACGAGAUAUCACGGAUUUCCUCCAUGCAGACCACUUGUACACCGCCACCCUGAAGCCAAGGAAGAAGUUGAACAAGCAGACAAAAGCUCGCUUGGUGCAGAACUUCCCAGCCAUCUUUACCGCUCGAGGCACGAUGACGUUCCGGAACCCUUUGCUGAGAUACUUUCAUGACCUUCGCCUCUUCACUCGUCUUCAGUGGAUCAUGCUGACGAGAGGGGAUGAGAGGCUGGAAGCGGAACUGCAGUGGGUUGGAGGACACUGUGUGGUAGCUUGGAAGGCGAUCACUAAGGAGGCUUCUACUGCGCAGAGUGCGGGCGACGCUGAGGACGGAAUAUCGUAG